AGCCCCUGUUAUGAUUUUAUCCAAAACCAGAAACAGCAAAUCAGUUGAGAGCUAAAAUAUGCUGAAGCAAGCAGCUGUUCUUCUAUGGAACCCUCCACCUUCACUUCCAUUCCUUUCCCUCCAAAUCCCAACACCCAAAAUUCCACCAAUCAAGGCAACUCUAGACUCCACCACCGCGGCGGAGGCCCAAGAGCUGACAGCCAGAGAAAGAAGGCAACUCCGGCAAGAAAGAAGAGAGAGCAAAGCUGGAUACAGCUGGAGAGAACAAGUUGAAGAUGCCCUUAUCAACAAACCCAAGAAGGUCAAAGUUACCGCCGGUGAAGCUCGUAAUCUUGAUACUUUGGCUGAUUUGGGUCCUCAAUGGUAUGCGCUUCGGGUCGCCCGUAUUGGGAGUGACCGAACCGCUGAGCUUAUUGCUCGGUUACUUUCUAGGGAUUAUCCUGAUUUGGAAUUUAAGGUGUAUGCUCCAUCUCUCAAGAUUAAGACAAAAUUGAAAAAUGGUACCUAUUCAGUCAAAUCAAAACCCAUAUUUCCUGGAUGUGUUUUUCUAUGGUGUGUACUAAACAGAGAGUUACAUGAGUUCAUAAGAGAGGAAUGUACUGGAGUUGGUGGCUUCAUUGGUUCAAUAGUUGGAAAUAAUAAAAGACAAAUUAACAGACCGAAGCCAGUGUCUGCUAAGGACAUGGAAGACAUGUUCAGACAGGCAAAGGAAGAACAAGAGAAGUAUGACCGAGAUUUCGAGGAAGAGCAGAAAAAAGAUGGAGUACUUAACUCUUUGAAGUUAGCUGACAAAGGUGUUACUAAAUCAGAUACAAAUACCCAACCCACGGGUACAACUCUAAAAGUUUCUGAUCCUCCAGCAACUGGUUCUCCAAGAAAAAUGAAUAGCAAGCUGCCAACUGUAGGUUCCACUGUUCGUGUUGUAUCUGGGACUUUUGCAGAAUUUGUGGGCACCCUUAAGAAAUCAAACCGCAAAACUCGAAAGGUAACGGUGGGAUUUACACUUUUUGGUAAAGAGACUUUAGUGGACUUGGAUCGCCAUGAAAUUGUACCAGAGAAUGAUUAAGCAUAUGGAGCGUCUUGCUGAAUGCAGAUGGGAUGACAAAUGUCCGGAACAAUACAGAGUAAUGUUCUCACCAGCACCCAAAGCUAUGAAGAACUAAAGAAUGCUUGUGAUUCUACUGAAGCCAUUUUAUCCAGAACCGUGUAGUCUUCCAUAUCAUUAUAUCCCGAGGCCAGCAGUCCGAGAAAUAAACAGCUGUCGCAUUUGAAGACAGUGGCUCAUAAUUUAAUGCAAUCCGUGUUAUUUCACCAGCAUCGGCAUCCAUAACAACUUCCCUACGAGCCUAGAUAAGACAGCAAGAUGUCGAAGUAUGUAAGUUGGUUUUCUUUGUUUCGUCUUUGUCUUUAUCUGAAGGAUAUAACCAGGAUUGCCUAUGCUUAUUAUUCUUUUAUCUCAUUAUGUUUCAAUCAGUAGAGGGACUUCAGACAAAAAGUGUCUGUCACAGUGGUCUUUAUGGUUAUAAGAAUGACAGAAUCAGUUCAAUUA